UUGGAUAUUAGCCCCUUUCUCAAAGUAAAGUAAGACGUAUUUGCAUUUAAGUUUGAUAUUAUAGAUAGCCAACACCGCGUUUAGGUGUCGGCUUUACCAUUUACAGAUUCAAAUCCUUGACUAUUUUGACUAUCCGUAAUAUAUAGCGAACCAGCCGGAAAUAUUAAGAAUGAGAGAUGAACCACUUUUUAAUUAAAUAUACUAUAUGAUAACUGCAUAAAUUUCUGAAAAUUCAACUGAUAGUUUCAGUACAAAUAUUUGAAGAUUAAUUGUGCGUUAUUAAUAACGUUGUGAUAAAGGUUAUGACUAAAACAACUAACGAAGAAAUUGCUAAUAAAAUAUGUUAGGCAUAAGAUGGAACCUAGAUAUCUUAGUAAACAGGCAAACACGAGUCGGUCGCGUGCCACGCACGACGUCACACAGCGACCGCUAGCUCGCUGGAGACCGGACAAACCGUGGCCGCGGCGUGUUUUGUUUAUCGAAACUACUCGAUAAUAAACACACAGUCGACUCAGUACAACAUAAACAUUCAGUUGUACUUAGACUGCUAAUAAUCGUCGUUAAUACUGUGAAGGAUUAAAUAAUAAAAAUGUCCGAAGAGAAACUGGAAUUACGCACGGUCACUUACAUGUGUCCGACUCAUCCGGUACAAUUAUACGAGUUGAUACUCGAGCUGCUAGAAGAUGCAAUGGACUGCCACACUACAUUGCAGUACGAGAGCAGGAGUCCAGGCCCGCUCCGAGAUCGUCCCGAUCCUUUCAACUCAAAUAAAAUUGAUUUAGCGUUUAUGACAGCGGCAUCGUAUAUGAAUCUCUGUAAUGAAGGAAAUAAGAACAUUGAUCUGCUACCGGCAACUCCGGUGUUCGCGCACCAAAUGAACGUUGAAAACAAACCAGGAUAUUUCUCGGAUAUUAUAAUACACAGCGACAAGAAAGCACAUAAUGUUAACACCCUACUAGACCUGCGAGGCUGCACAUUUGCGUACAGCAACGAAGAUUCUUUAAGUGGAAGCAAAAUUGUUUUGAAAACAUUGAAGGAGAAAGGAGAAAAUGCAUCGUUUUUUGGAUCCUUAUUAAAAUCCGGCUCGCAUUUGGCUUCGGCUCAAAUGGUGCUUUCGAAGCAAGCUGAAUGGGCUGCAGUCGAUUCUACAACUCUUUUAUAUUCAAAGAAAUAUAUGCAGGACGGCGGAAAGGAAAUAAUAACGCUUGAAACUUUAGGCCGUCUGCCGCCGUACCCUAUCGUGAUUAAUUCAAAACUUCCAGAUGAAAUAAAGAAAGAAAUCGCGCGUAUUUUAUUGACAUUGCCCCAAACUCCGAAAUGGAAACAGAAGUUCGCCGUGUACGGUGUCAUCAAGUUUGAGGUGAACAGCGGGGCUGCGUACGAUGGGCCGGCUGCACAGAUGUGGGCCACUCAGAAAGAGAAACUUAACAUUAGGUAUUAUUAGAUCACUCCUUGUUAUGUCCUUGUUAUAUAUUAUUUACAUUUUAUAUAAUGAUUAUACUCCUAAAUAAGUUGAAAGACUAAAUUAUGUGCUUAUA